AUGAAGAAGCACAAGAUUGAUCAGAGACAUGAAACUACAAAAAAACAGGACUACACAGGUAUGAGCCGCGGCUUCGCCAGCAUGCGAGCGGUGCGGUCGCUGGUGCGGCUGGGUCGCCAGCGGUCACGGGGCGGCGGAGGCAGUGGCGACGAAGAAGAAAAGAUCCUGAAGGAGGCGGAGCAAGUGGAGCAGCAGCAGCCUGCUAGGGACCCAGGACGGCCUCCCUCAGCAUGCUCCACGCUCUCUGAUAAUGAAUCAACAUACUCACUCUCUAACAAUGUCAGAGUGAAGAAGCACAAAUCCGAGACGGUCAACUCGACUCCUCUUGAACUCAAGGCUCAAGAUUUCCAGGUAUGA